CGAAUCUCUCCCAUUUUCCUCCCGCUCAAACCCUAGCGACUUGGCAAUUCUCUAAAUUCUCUGGGCGCCCACGAAUAUCAUGGACCAAGGUACGCCGAUCGAUCUGGGAUUGUUACAGAGAGCGAUGCAGCUAGUCCAAGCUUCACCGCCAACGUGGCAGUCUGCCAUUCUCAGCAACAUCAUCAUCAUCUUUAUGGCCACACCAAUUCUGGUUUCUGGACUGUCUCUUUCAGGCAUUGCGGCGGCCUUUUUGCUCGGAGUUCUCAUUUGGCGCGCUUUUGGACCCUCUGGCUUUUUUCUUGUAGCAACUUAUUUCGUAAUUGGAACAGGAGUGACUAAAGUGAAAAUGGCUGAGAAGGAAGCUCAGGGUGUUGCAGAGAAGAGAAAAGGAAGGAGAGGGCCGGGGAGUGUGAUUGGUUCCAGUUCGGCUGGUUGCCUUUGUGCUUUCCUGACGAUUAACGGGAUUGGUGGGGCUACAUCAUCCCGGUUAUGGGACAUUGGAUUUGUCGCCAGUUUCUGCACUAAGUUGAGCGAUACUGUCGCAAGUGAGAUAGGGAAGGCUUAUGGUAAAACCACGUACCUUAUUUCAACUUUUAGGGUAGUUCCAAGAGGAACAGAAGGGGGUGUGAGUGCUGAAGGAACCUUUGCUGGAUUAUGUGCUUCAGUUCUUCUUGCUGUUGUUGCUUGUAUGAUGGGCCAGGUAAAUAAACCUGAGGCAGUUAUCUGUGUAGUGGCCUCCCAGAUAGCCAACUUAGGUGAAAGUCUGAUAGGUGCCACAUUCCAGGAGAAAGAAGGAUUUCAAUGGCUCAACAAUGAUGCUGUUAAUAUAAUUAACAUAUCAAUGGGAAGCAUUUUUGCGAUCCUAUUGCAACAAGCAAUGCCCCAAACUUGGUGCUGUACUCAAUCUUCAAGUUCCUCAUUCAAACUUUGAAAGCAAUUUCCGGCACCAGUUUUAAGACUUCUGGUUUCACUGUACAUGAACACAGUUAUUCUGUUUGAAAGUAUAGGUUUUUGGGUUCUCUCAUAUGUGCUCUCCUCCUGAGUGUGUCAAUUUUUUUUAGAUGUAGCAGGUUCUCACACUUCUCUCUCAUUGAAAAACGAGGGCCAUUGUGCAUUUGGUACCACAAUACGUUUAGGAGAAGCGGACGUGGGGCUUGUCGAGCGUUAGUGGUUCCAUCUUAGACUUGGGAAUAUACAGUCAAGGGCCCCGCCCUCCCACCUUAACAACUAGUAGUUUUUAUGGUAUAUUUCUCCCUUGAGUUGUAUUAAUGGUAUCAAAGUCAACCACUACAUUCUUGCUCGCCUGGUUUCUUUGGUAGGCAUUAGAAAAUAAAAUUUAUAUAUUUGAAAACAACAUUGAAGGUACUACAAAAUAAGAAGUGACAUGACUAGAUUGUUUUAUCAAAUGAGCAAUGAAAAUACGGUAAAAAUUAUUAAAGUUUGAUCUUGUGAAUGACAAAAAAUACAACUUAAAUUAAAAUGGAGAGAAUAUUUUUUCUUCAAGUUCAGUUCGCCCCCAGUGGUUUUGAAUUCUGGAUCCGCUGCUUGAAUGGUAGUGUAUCUUUUAUCAUUCCUAGGAUAUUUUUCAUCUGUAGGAUUGCAGCUGUUUUAUUUCCUUUUCCGCAGUAGAAUCUGCUCUUAGUAUAGACUAUCUCUUUUCAUGAUGCUUCUUGGUAUUUUUUGGGGACCCCCUUUACACUAUUGCAAAAAAUGAUAACAUCCAGUGUGCAUAUGCCAAAUGGCUAAUCAGUUUGUCUCUUCCAGUGUUGAAAUUUUUUAUAUAACCGGUGGACAUAUAGUAGGUCAGAGCCCUUUCACCGGCUAUGGUAAAAAGAAGAGAGAGAGAGGGUCUCCUUGCUUGACUCCUCUUUUCAUCCCGAGGACCAGAAUAGUUUGGACCUGUUUUUAAAAAAGACCUAAAUGCUAUGAAAUUAAUGAUUGUUCAUUUAUUCAAUUAAUCAGGCCUACUUUUCUAGAAUAGUAGAUUAAGACAUUAAUUGAUGAACACUAAUUAUGUACAGUACUUCCCACUUGUAUUUGUAAUCAUAUCAAGCCUCUCCACUAUAAAUAGAGGCUUAAUCCCUGCAUUGUAAUCACCAUUAAGAAUAAGAAGAAGAGUGAAGAGUUAAUAGAGAGAAAACAUCAGAAAUAUAUUUUAUCUAUUCUCAUAAUCUUUGAGUAAUUUUUCUCUCAUUUUAUAACACGUUAUCAGCACGAAUUUGCUCAAAAUCUCAGAAUUCUUGUUCUUCUCAAAAAGUAAAUUAUUUAAUUUUCUUCAUAAACAAAUUAAAAUAUUUUAUUAAAACUAUGAGAAGUAUGCUCUGUGAUUGCCCAAAGUAGGGAUCCUUCACAUCAGAAACUUAUAGUUAUAAAAUUAAAAUUAGAUAAUUAAAGGAAGAAGUUUCCUCAUAAUAAAAAAAACAUUUUUUUUAUAAAUUAAAAACAAAGAGUAGAUUUAAUACGGAGUAUUUAAGAUUGAAAAAUAGAAUUUAAUUUUAUCUUUUAAACUAUUCUUGAAAGAUAAUAUGUAAUUAAAAAAACUAUGAAAAUCAAGAUAUGAUGAACUUACCUUCCUGCUACUCUUGAAUUUUUGAUAGAAAUAUAUAAUCUCACUUUUAUAAUUUUUCUUUCAUCCUUUGCUCUGUAAGCUAUCUUAUUUUUCUGGUUUGGAAACUAAAGAUGAUAUAGCUAGGAUAAAUCCUAAUGAAUAGUAUUCAAUGUAUGUAAGAGGAGAGAGUAUAUAAAUCGGAUGGUGAAAAAAAAUAAAGGCAAAUAAUAUAAGGAUAAUAUC